AAGGGGGACCGCACUGCGCAGGCGCUCUGGGCGUCUUCUUUUUAAUCCCCGCACCGAGCGCUUAACCUCAUUGGGGUGGAGGAGAAGGCGGUGGCCGCCCGCUCUGCAGUGGCCCGGCAGCCUGUACUCUGGCUGAGGGACGCCGAGACGGGGAGGAGUGUGCGGUCCGGCACGUUAGCCUGCUUGGUACAAUGGAGCUCCGCGUUCUCCUUCCAUUUUCCGAGCCGCUCGGAUGAGUGUGGGGUUUUCCAGAGGCUAACUUAUUACAUAAUGCUUUAAAAAUACUUGUGUUUAUUUCCACAGUUAGAAAUACUAGGUGGAGCCUUAAGGCGUGUUUCGUUGCACCUGCUGAAGUUAACCGAAGUGAGAAAUCCUUUGAAGAGACUGUUGGUGGUGGAGGUGUGAAAUAUUGUAUCUCCAUGUUACAAUCUAAGUGGACGGACUGCUGGAUGAUGAAGGACUUCAGACCCGGUCGUGGGACACCGCUCUGCUGCCCGCUCCUCCGUCUCUUACUAGUUAUUUAAGUUGGACUUUUAAUAUCCUGCCAGCUGCUCUUCAGACACACAUGGUGCAUUGCUGCCAUUCCCCGGAUUGCAUCUUUGACGCAGGGCUCUCAGGAACCUACAGCAAACAAAGAGGCGACCUCCGGGCACGUGUACAGCAAGGGUGUCACCCUGACUGCCCUCUAGCUUUGGCUGCACCUGGAUUCGAGUUCCACCAUGGAGCUCCGCAUGGAGUCCUGCCUGGCACAGGUGUUGCAGAAGGACGUGGGGAAACGGCUGCAGGUCGGCCAAGAACUUAUAGACCACUUUUCAGACCGACAGAGGUCUGCUGACCUUGAGCACGACCAGACCUUGUUAGAUAAACUUGUGGACGGACUCGCUACCUCUUGGGUGAACUCUAGCAACUACAAGGUGGUCCUCCUGGGCAUGGACAUCUUGUCCGCUCUGGUCACCCGGCUGCAGGAUCGGUUCAAGGCGCAGAUCGGCACAGUGCUGCCGAGUUUGAUAGACAGACUGGGAGAUGCUAAGGACUCUGUGAGGGAGCAAGACCAGACUCUGCUGCUGAAGAUCAUGGAUCAAGCUGCUAGUCCCCAGUACGUAUGGGACCGAAUGCUGGGCGGCUUCAAGCACAAGAACUUCCGCACCCGGGAAGGCACCUGUCUCUGCCUCGUUGCCACACUCAAUGCCUCGGGAGCACAUACUCUGACACUAAGCAAGAUAGUGCCCCACAUAUGUAACUUACUGGGAGACCCAAACAGCCAGGUUCGGGAUGCAGCAAUAAACAGCUUAGUGGAAAUUUACAGACAUGUAGGAGAACGUGUGAGGGCAGAUCUCAGUAAAAAAGGAUUGCCGCAGUCCCGGUUGAAUGUAAUUUUUACGAAAUUUGAUGAAGUCCAGAAAUCUGGAAACAUGAUACAAUCUGCAAAUGAUAAAAAUUUUGAUGAUGAGGAUUCUGUGGAUGGUAAUAGACCCUCCUCUGCCAGUUCUACGUCCUCCAAAGCCCCACCAAGCGCACGGAGAAGCGUUGGAAUGGGGACCGCCCGCAGGGUCAGCUCAUCCACUGUUGGGUCCAAAUCUGCAGCUGCAAAAGAAGGGGCCGGAGCCGUUGAUGAAGAGGACUUUAUCAAAGCGUUUGAUGACGUCCCUGUGGUGCAGAUUUAUUCCAGCCGAGACCUGGAGGAGUCCAUAAACAAGAUUAGGGAAAUACUAUCUGAUGACAAGCAUGACUGGGAGCAAAGAGUGAACGCUCUAAAAAAGAUUAGAUCUUUACUUUUGGCUGGUGCUGCUGACUAUGAUAACUUCUUUCAACAUUUGCGUCUUCUCGACGGAGCCUUUAAGCUGUCUGCUAAGGACCUGCGCUCUCAGGUGGUGCGGGAGGCCUGCAUCACGCUGGGGCAUCUGUCAUCAGUCCUGAGGAAUAAAUUUGAUCAUGGAGCAGAAGCCAUUAUGCCAACCAUCUUUAAUUUAAUCCCAAACAGUGCCAAAGUCAUGGCCACCUCUGGUGUUGUAGCUAUUAGGUUAAUCAUUCGGCACACACACAUCCCCAGGCUAAUACCUGUCAUAACGAGCAACUGCACCUCCAAGUCUGUUGCAGUUAGAAGGCGCUGUUUUGAAUUUUUAGAUUUACUUUUACAAGAAUGGCAGACACAUUCACUGGAACGACAUAUUUCAGUGUUAGCCGAAACAAUAAAGAAAGGAAUACACGAUGCCGAUUCUGAAGCCAGGAUGGAGGCCAGAAAGUGUUACUGGGGUUUCCACAGUCACUUCAGUCGGGAAGCGGAGCACCUCUAUCACAGCUUGGAGUCCUCUUACCAGAAGGCCCUGCAGUCCCACCUGAAGAACUCGGACAGCAUCGUGUCUCUGCCGCAGUCCGACCUCUCGUCUUCUAGCUCGCAAGAGAGUCUCAAUCGGCCGCUCUCUGCCAAAAGAAGUCCCACUGGAAGUGCCACCUCCAGAGGUUCUACGGUCAGCACCAAAUCUGCAUCAACGACUGGGUCCCUCCAGCGGUCCCGAAGUGACAUUGAUGUGAACGCAGCAGCCAGCGCCAAGUCCAAAGUCUCCUCGAGUCCCGGCUCUGCACCUUUCAGCUCUGCCGCAGCCUUGCCUCCAGGGUCCUACGCAUCCUUAGAGUCCAGAGCCAUGAGGGGAGAUGCGGAGUCCGCGGGCCCUGACUCAGGUCGGAUCCGCACGCGACGGCAGAGCUCCGGGAGCGCCACCAACGUCGCCGCCACGCCCUCCGACAGUCGAGGCCGCAGCCGCGCCAAAGUGGUUUCACAGUCCCAGCCUGGCAGUCGAUCAAGUUCCCCAGGGAAAUUGUUGGGAAGUGGUUACAGCGGCCUUGCUGGGGGCUCCUCGAGAGGCCCACCGGUGACACCCUCUUCUGAAAAACGAAGCAAGAUUCCCAGGAGUCAGGGGUGUAGCCGGGAAACAAGCCCAAACCGAAUAGGACUAGCGCGGAGCAGCCGUAUCCCUCGACCCAGCAUGAGUCAGGGGUGCAGCCGCGAUACCAGCCGUGAGAGCAGCCGCGAUACCAGCCCUGCACGGGGCUUCCUCCGCUCGGUGAACCGAUUUGGGUUUGGCCAGGCAGGAAGAGUUCCUAGUUCUGUGAACGCCCUGCGAGUUCUGAGCACGAGUACGGAUCUGGAAGCUGCCGUCGCAGACGCUUUGCUGUUAGGAGACUCCAGGAGCAAGAAGAAGCCGGUGAGGAGGAGGUACGAGCCGUAUGGGAUGUACUCAGAUGACGACGCCAACAGCGACGCCUCGAGCGUGUGCUCGGAGCGCUCAUACGGCUCCAGGAACGGCGGCGUGCCCCACUACCUGCGGCAGACGGAGGACGUGGCCGAGGUGCUCAACCACUGUGCCAGUUCCAACUGGUCCGAGAGGAAGGAGGGGCUCCUGGGCCUGCAGAACCUGCUGAAGAGCCAGCGGACGCUGAGUCGAGUAGAAUUGAAAAGAUUGUGUGAGAUUUUCACCCGAAUGUUUGCUGACCCUCACAGCAAGAGAGUUUUCAGUAUGUUUUUGGAGACCCUUGUGGAUUUUAUAAUAAUUCAUAAGGAUGACUUGCAGGACUGGCUUUUUGUUCUUCUCACACAAUUACUUAAGAAAAUGGGAGCAGAUUUACUCGGAUCUGUGCAAGCAAAAGUUCAGAAGGCUCUCGAUGUCACAAGGGACUCCUUUCCAUUCGAUCAGCAAUUUAACAUUUUGAUGAGAUUUAUUGUGGAUCAAACUCAAACUCCUAACCUCAAGGUCAAAGUUGCAAUCCUGAAGUACAUUGAGUCCCUCGCCAGGCAGAUGGACCCAACAGAUUUUGUGAACUCCAGUGAGACAAGGCUCGCUGUUUCUAGAAUUAUAACCUGGACGACAGAACCAAAGAGCUCGGACGUGAGAAAGGCAGCACAAAUUGUGCUAAUCUCUCUGUUUGAAUUGAACACUCCUGAGUUUACAAUGUUACUUGGUGCCUUGCCAAAAACAUUCCAGGAUGGUGCCACCAAACUCCUGCAUAACCACCUCAAGAACUCCAGUAACACCAGUGUGGGCUCCCCGAGCAGCACAAUCGGCCGGACUCCAUCCCGACACACCAGCAGGACCAGCCCCCUGACCUCACCCACCAACUGCUCCCAUGGGGGCCUGUCUCCAAGCAUGCUGGACUAUGACACGGAGAACCUGAACUCGGAGGAAAUCUACAGUUCUUUGCGUGGAGUGACAGAAGCCAUUGAAAAGUUCAGUUUUCGAAGCCAGGAGGAUUUGAACGAGCCAAUUAAAAGGGAUGGCAAAAAGGACUGUGAUAGCGUGGGCCGCGACAGCGGGGCCAGUGAGGGCCGGGGCGGCAGCGACGUGGUGGAGGGAGGCCGGACGGCCCUGGACAACAAGACCUCCCUCCUCAACACCCAGCCCCCGCGCGCCUUCCCGGGGCCGCGGGCACGGGACUACAGCCCGUACCCCUAUGCUGAGCCCGCGGGCGCCUACGACAAGAGCGCGCUCAAGGAGGCUGUGUUCGACGACGACAUGGAACAGCUGCGCGGAGUGCCCAUCGACCAUUCGGACCUGGUGGCCGACCUGCUGAAAGAGCUGUCCAACCACAACGAGCGCGUGGAGGAGCGCAAGGGCGCCCUGCUGGAGCUGCUCAAGAUCACGCGGGAGGACAGCCUGGGCGUCUGGGAGGAGCACUUCAAGACCAUCCUACUCCUGCUGCUGGAGACGCUCGGAGACAAAGACCAUUCCAUCCGGGCACUGGCACUGAGAGUUUUACGGGAAAUUCUGAGGAACCAGCCUGCAAGAUUUAAAAAUUAUGCUGAGCUGACGAUCAUGAAGACCUUGGAAGCCCACAAAGACUCCCACAAAGAGGUGGUGAGGGCUGCAGAGGAGGCCGCAUCCACGCUGGCCAGCUCCAUCCACCCAGAGCAGUGCAUCAAAGUGCUCUGCCCCAUCAUCCAGACGGCCGACUACCCCAUCAACCUGGCCGCCAUCAAGAUGCAGACCAAAGUCGUUGAGCGGAUUGCCAAGGAGUCCCUUCUGCAGCUCCUCGUGGACAUCAUCCCGGGCCUGCUGCAGGGCUACGACAACACGGAGAGCAGUGUACGCAAGGCCAGCGUGUUCUGCUUGGUGGCAAUUUAUUCCGUGAUUGGAGAAGAGUUGAAACCUCACCUGGCGCAGCUGACGGGGAGCAAGAUGAAGCUGCUCAACCUGUACAUCAAGAGGGCGCAGACCACGAACAGCAACAGCAGCUCCUCCUCCGACGUCUCCACGCACAGCUAGGGCCCGCAGCCGGCGCGACGCCUCCCGAUGCCCCAACCCGCCCGGCCGGGCGCGAGGCCCGCGGAUGCUCAUUACAAUCAGUAUUUUGACCCCUUCCAGCCAUUGUGUCGAGUUGCUGGUGCGCGUAUAAAGGAAGCCAGGCCUGUGUUGCGUCUUCGCACAGAACAGAGGACGAGGACAGACGAGCCCCUGGCCCCAUAUGCAGCCUGCUGAGGUCACAACCCGUGUAGCUGCGGGCUUGGAAACUGUGCAGCCCGCUCUUGGUAGAAAGUAGCGUUUCCUCUUCCGUUAACGACAGACGUGAGGGUGUGUGUCUGUGUUUCUCCUGCGUCGGGGCCCGUGUGGGGCGGAGCCCACCUCACAGCUGACACCGUGAAAGGGUUUUGUGUGUUUUAGGCUGUUUUGAGACCUACUGAGAAUGUGAAUCAUGUCUUGGCAAGAAAUGGGUAAAAGCCUGACAAUGGCCUUGAGCGAGCGUGUGGGUUUUGCUUCAGUGUUUGACCUGGAGGCUGACGGCCGCAACUCUGGGUUAGGAGGGCACCUCCUUCGGCAGCUCCUUCCAGGACAGGCUCCCAGCCCCCCGAACACCUGCGCUGCCGCCGUCCCCACUCCCGACUUCCACCUGGAGGAAGUUUAGUGUAAAUACAAACACAAAACCAAGGUCAGUUGUAGCAUCACUUCAUUUCACAACGAUACAGGAGCAGUUGUCUGUUUCCCUGCGAGGGUUUGGGGGAGCACUGUUCUUACAGUGCUUGUCUAGAGACCCUGGCAUGUGUUGGCUCAGGUGUAGGGCCGUCUGUUCCUCUCCCCAUCGUGGCCUGAGCCGCUCUGUUCUAACGUGUUCUUGGUUCAUCUGGUAAAUGGUGGCUCUGCCACCUGCACUUUGACGUCUCUGUUCAGCUUGGGAUUGAGAUCAAAAAGAGCCUAGAGAGACCAGAAUCAGAAUAACUUUUUUUAAUUUUAGGGAGUGAAGCACUUCCUUGAUCAUCUGUUGAAAUAGUGUUUAAGGAAAAUAAUUAUGAGUGGCGAAAAACAGGAGUUGAAACAAUUUUAGUCUUUCCUUUUCUUCAAUGAGAAAAUUACCCCUUUAAAAUUUUUGUUGAGGGUUUCAUUGCUCCAUAAAAGAUUUAGAGUCCAAUUAACUAAAUUUUGGGAAAAAUUCUUAAAGCCAGGUGGAAAUUCUUAGUGCAGUCACGGAGUCUUCGCCCGCUACUGUUCCGCUUUGGACCCUGGAAGCUCACACAGCUCAGCCUCCUUGCCGUGCCGGUGCCGGGUACUGAGGUGUCUGCGCUCCCAGGGCGGACGGAGCUGCCAGGAUGUGGCUACUCACCUCCCAGCCCCAGUGCUGGCCACUGUCAAAGACCCCAUAGCAGAACGUAGCUUGUUUUCACUCAGAAUGUAUUUUAGGUCUCAGCUUGGAGUAGGCGCAGAAGUGGAGGUGGAGGAUGAGUGAAGCCAGAGUGCCUUCCUGCACCCGUGUGCGUGCACGGGGGCGGGGGUCUCGCAUGUGUGGGAGGUACCCCACUGCUGCUGCUGAGGGAAUUUAGGGGUGCAUUUGAGGUGGUUAGACAUUGUUAACUUCUUUUGGGCUCAGAACAUAGCAGGACCAGGCCUUACUUCCACUGACAGACACCAUGCGUGGACGUGUCUCAGGGGGACUUCUCUGUCACCCUCUUCGAGCGAGCAGAGCGCCUGUUGCUCACCCCUGUUGUGGAGCUGUGGGUCCUUCCUGCCCAGCGCGCUUAGAAGGACUUUAUCCUUUGCCUCCCUGACGCUGGGUCACCACAGCCCACCCAGUGCUGGGGAAGAACGGAAGAACCUUGAACUUGGCCAGACGUCCCCCUGGUGUGCUCACCAGGGGCUAGCCUGCCCGUCCGUGCCCUCCACCGCCCCCCAAGAGCUGCCUCCCUCACUCCGGGCCCAGGAGACCCGCAUGCCGCCUCCCUGCAGGCCUCCUGCUUGGAUGAAGCCGCAGAAGUGACGAGCAAAGCACCCAGAGCUGCCUGCCUGCCGCGUUUGCCCGGCUGUCCAGGGCCGAUCACCCACCGGGGCCAGGUCGUCCGGCCCUCCUGCCCUUCAAGCUGCUGUCGCCUCUUUCAGGCCGAGGGGGAGGCCGGCAGCCUCCUGAGGACACGUGUGCUGCGCCUGGCCGGCCUUGGCCGCCCCACCGCUGUUUGUCUCAGAAUCUCUCUCUCCCGGCGCCUUUCUUUACCCAGCAUCACACACACAGUAGAGAGCCGUGGUAAGAACUCGGCAGGGCCCCACCAGGACUGCACUCACGCUGACGUUCGGGGACAAAAAGGGUGGUCUGGAAGGGGUCAGCCCCCAAAAUGGCUUUGUCCGCGCUGUGUUCACACGCAUGGUCCCCACGCCCCGGGUUGGGUUUUGUUUCCUGGUUUUGUUUUUUGGGGCUUUCUCAUGUCACAUCCAUAUCUGUAUUUAUAUCUUAUUUGUUUCACUCUCAAGUAUCAUGGCAAAUGUACAGAUUUUUUUUGUUAAUAAUGUGCUAGGAUUUGCUAAAAAAGAAAACAAUACAGAAAACCUUUUGAGUUUGCCCUAGAAUAAAUGAAACUCACUUUGGUUUCCCGCA